GGUUAUUGCCACUCGACACACUGGACGGUGAUGCCACCUCAAACCAUGGCAGGCAUGUAUAUAAGGCGACAGGUUGUGUGCUGAAGACAUUCCACAGCCUUGACCCGCACGUACACCUGCCAACACCCCGCUUUAACUCCACCGUAUAAUCCUGACUUCUGCCAUGGACGCUUGUAGCGACUUCGAUGGUACCACCGUUCUCGGGGCGAACGAUGAUGCCCGUUUAUCUGAGAAGUCGACACGCCCAAACAAGGGCAAGAGUGUUACUCCAGAGUCGUCCGUACCGAGGAACACGCUGGUUCCUUUUGUCAACACGGUGGAAUAUCUUGAUCAGCAUCGCCCCUUCUUCGUCCGAUGUGGGGAGGAUGGUCUCAUCCCCGCCCUUCACAAGCUCAAUGACCAGAUCGUGUCCGCGGGUCACCGCAGCAUAAUGUGCAAGAUACAGCCGAUGGAUUUCGGGCGAGAGAUCUCCCCCGGGCAAAUCGGGCUCGUGAACCGUGCAGGCUGGCCGGAACUCCUCAUGCAACCCGGUAAAUACCCCGGCUUCCCCUUCCGUAACUGGUGGGCGCGCAAGUUCGACGGCCGCCAGGGCGUGUCCGACACUGUACUCCAGUUCCAGGGCCUUACGGCUGUCCAAGUAAGCCAGAACCAGGCGGCGGUCGUCUCCGAUCCCCAGAAUCAGAUCUUCGUCAUUCGCAGCGGCGGGUUCGUGGCUCUCGCUCUGCAGGGAACGUAUGACGUCCUCGCGGUGGUGGACCAGACACAUCUGGCUAAGGCGAUUACGGAUAAAAUGACGAACCAGGUCCUCGGGUACAUGCAGGAAGUUAGGAUGGCCAGCACGCUCGGGGCCAAGCGCAAUAGUCAAGAGUAUGUUGUCGCUACUUUCCUGAACAUUCCCGCUAACAACUGUGCCAUCCUCCAGCGUGGGGAUGAGCUGCAGCAGAUCCCCGCCGGGCAGCACGUCAUCACCAACCCUAAUGUCACCUUCCGCUCCCUAUUCACCCGGGGCGAAUGCCAGAUCGAGAUGCCGGCUAAGGACAUCAUGACGAAGGACCAAGUUCCUGUGUCCCUCACAAUCUACCUCAAGUGGCAACUGGAGGAGCCGCUCAAGCUCACACAACACGGGUAUGUCAGCCCGUACGAUGCUCUGCGAGACAAGAGCCAGUCGAUCUUGACCCAGAUCGUUGCGCACUUGGAAUACGCGUCGAUGGUCAAGUCACGUACUUUAGGCCCAGAACUGGAGGAGCAUCCAGGCGAUUCGACCGCCUUCUUGGAUUCGCUCCGCUCGCGCGCGAUGGACGACCUUCACCUAGCUGCGCUGGAGUACGGUAUUGUUCUCAAGGACCUGGCGGUGAUUGACAGGAAGUUCAAGGGUGAGAUUGCGCAGACUAUGGAUCAUCUCACCCGGAGGGCGCUCGAGGCGCAGGUCGAGGCUGCCAACGUGGACCGGGAGAACUCGAACCGCGUCAAGAAAGAGGAAGGUCAGCUGCAGGUCGCACAAGUACAAUCCAAGCAGCGCCAGGCCAUCGCGGAUGCCGACGCAUACACUGUCGUUGCCAAGGCUCGUGCCGACGCUCAGGCAUCCGCUAUCGCCGCCGACGCUAGGGCGAACGCCAUCCGUAUCCAGGCUGCCGCAGAGGCGGACGCGAUCAAGAUCAAAGCACAGGCUGUUGCAGAAAUCCGCGACGAGUUUGCAAAGGAGGUCGAGCUCAGGCGCCUAGAGAUUCAGCGCGUGGCUGCGUACGGCAACCGUACGGUAUUCGUGCCCGCCUCGGAUCCCGGCAUGGCCAACAACAUGACCAACGCCCUGUCGGUGGGUAUGGCCGCAGGGAUGGGCAGGGAUGCUGCACCACAAUGAUGAUGCACCGGCUGAUGACGUCCCGGAUUCCGGGAGAUGUUGUAGCCGUUGAGAUACCAAAUUUUCGUAGGCCGACAAAGUUACUCAUUUACUUCUUACUGUUGUACAACAUGCCAGU